CUUAGCCAAUGGUAACCUUCGACAAUUGUCUUACACAUCCAGCGAUUUACCCAGACAGAUCAUGGUAUCCCUCGGCUAUAACUCCGAAGAUCUGAAGAACAUUUUCUGAACCACCGAUCUUAUCCGUACGUAGCGCCUCGAGACCUCAAUCUAUAAUAAACUCGCUUCUACUGUUGCUAUACAACCUAUCCUUGCCAGACCAAGCAUCGCAGAGAGUGCACCUUGACACUCGCCAGACUGAUCGUUGACUAUCAACCUCAUCUCAUCCCAGUGACUGGUACCUACCUAGCAAGUGGUUUAGGAUAGACACAGGUGUCCCCCUUUAUACUUCGCGGCACCCAUCGCCACCAUGUCAUUUUCUAACCUCGUCUCUGAUCUUGCCUUCAGAGACUCACAUGAUGAACGAAGCUCCCAAAUAUCCCAUGUCCGAUCACAAGUUACUGCACGCUCAUAUACAAGUACAGCUGCCACAAGUGUUAGCAUAUCUGGUGAUAUUUCCAGUCAACUUCAUUCCGGUUAUAGCCAUCCGCUGAGCAGAUCAUGGCAAGCUGAAAGGCAAUUGACCAAGGAAAUGCUUAUUUAUCCCCUCUUCAUUACCGAUAAUCCUGAUGAAGAGACGCCUAUCCCUUCUCUCCCCGGUCAGCACCGUCGAGGAUUGAACCGUCUAGUUACCUUUCUGAAGCCCCUAGUCCACAAAGGGCUACGUUCAGUCAUCCUGUUUGGGGUCCCAUUACACCCAUCUGCAAAGGAUGCACUGGGUACAGCUGCAGAUGAUCCCUCUGGGCCAGUAGUUCAAGCUAUUCGCCUGCUCAGGUCACGAUUCCCUCAACUCUAUGUUGUGACAGAUGUGUGUCUUUGUGAAUAUACAUCGCACGGCCACUGUGGGAUACUUAGAGAAGAUGGAACCCUUGAUAACACGCAAUCUGUGGAUCGGAUCUCGGAUGUUGCUCUGGCUUAUGCUGCUGCUGGAGCCCACUGUGUCGCACCAUCCGAUAUGAAUGAUGGGAGAGUGCGUGCUAUUAAAUUGAAACUUAUCGAAGCUGGGAUGGCCCACCGUGUCCUCCUGAUGUCCUACAGUGCCAAGUUUAGUGGGUGCCUGUACGGGCCUUUCCGCGAUGCAGCGGGCUCUUGUCCAUCUUUCGGGGACCGCAGAUGCUAUCAGCUACCACCAGGAGGCCGUGGGCUUGCUCGACGCGCCAUACAGAGAGAUAUAAGUGAAGGGGCAGACAUCAUAAUGGUAAAGCCGGCAAGCAGCUACCUCGAUAUUAUCAGAGACGCAAAAGAGCUUGCCCAGGAUAUUCCCAUCGCUGCUUAUCAAGUUAGUGGUGAAUAUGCUAUGAUACACGCGGGCGCCAAGGCGGGCGUCUUCGACUUGAAGUCAAUGGCUUUUGAAAGUACCGAAGGGAUUUUACGGGCUGGUGCUGGGAUUAUAGUGAGCUAUUUCGUCCCUGAUUUCUUGGAUUGGCUUUAGAAUGAACUGGCGGCAUGGAUUGUGAUAGAACCAUGGCCACGAUAACUACCGGACAAAUGUCAAACUUAAAAAAGCCAUUGAUUGAACUACAAAGAAAAAAGAAGCUAGAUUCUGUGAGUG